AUGGAUCUUCAUUGGUACCUUAGGACGCUAGAGGAGGUGGUCAUUCGUGUUCAUUCCUCAACAUUUUCGUUCAAGGCUUCCCGGUUAGAGGGUUUAACUGGUGUAUGGGUUGGAGAUGAGAAACUUGCAGCUGUUGGGAUACGAGUAUCACAGUGGAUAGCAUAUCACAGCUUAGCACUGAAUGUCACAACAGAUCUAACACCCUUUCAAUGGAUAGUCCCAUGUGGGAUACAGGAUCGUCGAGUUGGAAGCAUAAAAGGGUUGCUGGGAUAA